AUGAGAAUACGCAAGCACGCCAAGAUCUCCCCGCUCGUCUACGCCGCCGCGUCCCUCCACCCGGGGGCCGCCCUCCUCCAGACCCACGUCUGCCAGCUCAAUCAGUCGCCCUGGGACGUCAUGGACUUCUCCCGUCCGCCGCCCACCACCACCCAUCCUCCGCCGCACCAGGUACCGUAUAAAAAAAUCCCCCUCCCCCGAGACGGCGGCCGGAUCUGCCUCCACCCGCCCGCCCCCCCACCGUUCUCCUCGAGAACCCUCCUGCAUUUCUUUUGCGCCGCUUGUUACUUUCGGCUCUCUUUUUUUUCAGCUUUUUUUAGGGUUUUCUGCAGGCCCGCCGCUAGGGUUCUGCAGAAAAGCGCGCCAAUCCGCGUGAUUGGCCGCUUAUUCAGACUCGACCUCGCGAAUUAUUUCGUGGGCGCGGACGCUGCCCCCGCCGCAAAUGGGAGCUGCGGAGGCCGUUUUUCCGCCGGAAAAAGCAACUACACAGGCCAGCAGUCGGAAUAUUCCGACGACCCCCCGGCGAAAACCGCCGCCCUGAAAUCGGAGGAGCCCCUUAUUCUACCUCCUCCUCCGCCGCCACCUCCGCCGGCGGCCGAGCAAAACGAACCGGGCAAAAUCACCAUCUGCAGCAAAACCGACGGGAAGAACUGGAAGUGCAAAAGAGAGGCGUCCGGUGGCAACACUAUGUGCGACCACCAUUUGUCCCAGGUGAGAAGCUACAGCUACAGCUCGGCCGCCAAGAAGCCAGUCCCAGAACCCCGCCGUCCGGCCCGGCCCAAGAAGGCCCCCUCUUCCAACCCCCAUGAUUUCUACUACUAUUCGGGCUUUGGGCCUCGGUGGGCCAAGAAAAGAGGCGCCGAUUGCAAUAAUACUUCCGCUUCUGCUUCUGCUAAUGGAAAUAUCGAGCACGGGCACGGAAUCGAGAAGAAUUAUUCUUCGUCUGAAGACAAGUCGGAAUAUGACGAGCCCGAUUACGAAGACUCCGAAGAGGAUGAAGAAGAAGAGAAAAAGGGGAGGAAGAGAGGGAGAAAGCCCAUCAAGGCUAGGUCGCUCAAAUCGCUUAUGUGA